AUGAGCGACGCCUACGAGCGAGAAUCACAGAACAACGCCCUCCUCAACUCCCUCGCUAGCAAGACCUCUGCCCUGAAAUCAGUGACUAUCGACAUUUACGAUAAUGCGCGGAAUCAGGAGACGUUAGACAGCACGAAUGAGGUCUUUUCCAAUAUGUCCACCAGCCUCCGCGGCAGCGCCGGCCGUCUCACUCGCGCCGCGCGCGCAGGCGACAAGGUCGCGGUCUUGAAAAUCGCGGGGAUAUGCGUGGGGGCUGGCGUCGGGGUGUGGGUUGUCUUGGGCUGGAUAUUCUGA